AAAGGGGCCUCACCUUCCCAAGUCCCCGCGCGCAGACCCUCCGGCCGGAAGCCAGGUCUCCGCCGCUGUCCGGCGCGCUCCCUCUUCCCUCCUUUCUCGCGGCGGCCAUGGCCCUGACUUUGGCGUGCCUGCGGAUAACCCUGCCUUCGUGGCCGGCGGCUGCCACGCGCCUGCUACGGGACUGCAGGGCCCGGGUGCAGAAGGCGCUUCCCUCGGACCUUUUUGCCGGCUUCCCGGGCCCUUCUUGGGGACCGGCCUUGGCGGUUCAGGGCCCAGCUGCUCUCCUGCAGCCGACGACAGAUGCCAGCACCGGGACCGAGGCUGCCAGCUUUUUAGACGGCAUCCUUUGGAUGGCAGUGCCUAAGAACAGGCGUUCAAUCGAAGUGAAUCGAUGUAGGAGAAGGAACAUCCAGAAGCUAGUUAAAGUCAAGAACAAUAUAGAUGUGUGCCCUGAAUGUGGCCAUCUGAAACAAAAGCAUGUCCUUUGCGGUUAUUGCUACCAGAAAGUCCGCAGCGAGACUGCGGAAAUCAGGAGGCAGAUGGGGAAGCAAGAAGGGGGGCCCUUUAAGGCCCCCACUGUUGAGACUGUGGUAUUAUACCAAGGCGAAGCUCCAUCAGUAGAAGAUCAAGGCAAGAGAAUCAUCGAGCGAGACCGGAAGCGCCCCUCCUGGUUCAUUAGGAAUUGAUGCUCAGGUGUGUUCAGAGAGGAUCAUUGCACAUUAAACAGGACUCUGGAAACUCAAA